CCCCCGUUUGCUAAAUCCAUUUCUAUUUGAGCAUGCUCAGUGAGUUCACUUCGUGCACCAUGAGAAGUCUCUAUGCCUUGAGAUUGAUUUCAGUUUCACUUACAGACUGAAGAGAAAUUCUAAAGCCCUUAAAAUGGUCAGUUAGGCAAGAUGACGAGAAACCUUUCCCGGAGGUGCUGAGGCCAUCGGGAUGGGAGUUUCGGGCCUGGCUGCCCCUCCCGCCUGCUGUCUCCCUCACCGAGGUAAAGGGAUCUGGGCGUAACUGCUUUGGGGUUCAGCAGCUCCUCUGCCACCUGCUACCUGCCCACAAGGCUGAGCGGUCACUACCCUCUGUCGUCAGCCCCUGAGCACACAGGGACAGAGCCGUACCCGUCCUGGGAGAGAGGGAGACAGCGUCCGUCCUGAGCUGUUGAAUGGCAGGGCCGGAUUCACACCCCGGGUUUACGCACUGCAAGGCAGCACUGUGUGCUUCGGUGUCCACCUAGGCUCUAGUUUCUGUAAGUGGAGAAGAAAAGAUGAUUUCUGUGCUCUAGUCUGACUUCUUGCUUCGUGACGACUACCUUUGUGGUGGAGGCCAUGGCCGCAGCCAACGCCCAGCUCCGCUGGAAGAGAAUGGAAACCCACAAGGAGGAGGAAGAGGACGACUCUUCCACAGCCUCAGACAGCGACAUUCUCUCUCAGGAGAGCUACGAGCGGGCAGAGAAACUGCCCAUCCUGUCUGUGCAGAGACGUGCACCUCCCAACCUGUUUGAAAUCACAGACCGGGUGGAAAUGGGCCAGAUGGCUUCCAUGUUCUUCAAUAAAGUGGGGGUCAACUUGUUCUAUUUCUGCAUCAUCGUUUACCUGUAUGGGGACCUGGCCAUCUAUGCGGCAGCUGUGCCCUUCUCCCUCAUGCAGGUGACCUGCAGUGCCUCCGGCAAUGACUCCUGCGGCGUGGAGGCAGACACCAAGUACAACGACACUGACCUGUGCUGGGGUCCCCUGCGCCGAGUGGACGCCUACCGCAUCUAUCUGGCUGUCUUCACACUCCUUCUGGGACCAUUCACGUUCUUUGACGUCCAGAAGACCAAGUACCUACAGAUCCUGACCUCUUUGAUGAGAUGGAUCGCUUUCGCCGUCAUGAUCGUGCUGGCCCUGGUCCGAAUUGGGAAGGGGCAAGGGGAGGGGCACCCGCCCCUGGCUGACUUCUCAGGGCUGCGGAACCUGUUUGGGGUGUGUGUCUACUCCUUCAUGUGCCAGCACUCCCUACCGUCCCUCGUCACCCCCGUCUCCUCCAAGCACCACCUCACGUGCCUGAUGUUCCUGGACUACACGCUCAUCCUGGCCUUCUAUGGCCUCCUCUGCUUCACUGCCAUCUUCUGCUUCCGUGGCGACAGCCUCAUGGACAUGUACACACUCAACUUCGCCCGCUGUGAUGUCGUGGGCCUGGCCGCCGUCCGCUUCUUCCUGGGCCUCUUCCCUGUCUUCACAAUCAGCACCAACUUCCCCAUCAUCGCCGUGACCCUCCGCAACAACUGGAAGACGCUCUUCCACCGCGAGGGCGGCACCUACCCGUGGGUGGUGGACCGCGUGGUGUUUCCCACUAUCACCCUGGUGCCCCCUGUGCUGGUGGCCUUCUGCACCCAUGACCUGGAGUCCCUGGUGGGCAUCACGGGGGCCUACGCGGGUACCGGCAUCCAGUACAUCAUCCCUGCCUUCCUGGUGUACCUCUGCCGCAAGGACACUCAGCUUGCCUUCGGCUAUGGGACCAUCAACAAGCACAGGUCUCCAUUCCGCCACACAUUCUGGGUGGGCUUCGUGCUACUCUGGGCUUUCUCCUGCUUCUUUUUUGUCACAGCCAACAUCAUCCUCAGUGAGACCAAGCUCUGAUGGCAGGACGUCCCUGGUGACUGGAAGGCUGGGGGUGACAUCUAGAUGCUACCCAGGCCUUCAUGGGCAGGCAAGGCGGGGGCUCUCUAGGGGCCUUCCUCAGCUAGAGGUCUCCUCGCCAGCAGGACACCGCCUGAUCUGCGCCUGGCCUUGCCCACUGGGGCAGCAUGUGGCUGCUCCCAGAUUCUAGAAGGUACCCCUCUGUUUCACGUUCCACCCCUGCUCCUGGAGGCGGGCUCCUCCCUCUGAAUGGUGGAAGAGGCAGUGCUGGCACUGCCACUAUUUAUACCAGACCCUGUGUCCCUCCUCAACUCUCCCCAGCCCCUCCUGCGCCCUUAUCUAUCCACUAGCAUCUGCUGCCUCUUCAGGGGCCAAUCCCAGGCCAUAGCCAUCCUAACUCGGCCUGCCUGUGACAGGCAGGACCCACCUUCCUGCCAGGCCUGAGUUGCUAAGUGCCACUCCUAGGGGUAAACCUGGCAGCCCAAGUGACAAGAACAGCAAGUGCUAAUUGGUAUCAGGGUCCCCAGGCCAGAGCUAUGAGAACCCUUGCUGUGGGUGCCAGCUCUGGGCAGCAGGAAGAUGGCACAUGCCUUCUGCAGGGCACACAGCAACCUGCAAGCUGGGGUCAAAGCCCGGGGAGGUCAGGCCUCCUGAGCAGCAGCCCAGCUCGCUGCCGUGCUCUGCUGUGGCCCCUAAAGGUGGCCCCCUUAGAGCCUGGCUGUGAGUGCUCUCCAUGGCCCUGGGUGCCGUGGGUUGGAUGGAGCACCCGCCACCAUUUCCAUGGCAGGAGGCCAGGCUCCCAAUCACCUCUUGCUCUCAAUCACGCAUGUACCUACGGGCCAGGCACCUUAGAAACAGGUGACUCUAGCGAACUGCAUUUUCCACGUGCCUUCUGCUUCGGAGCUAGGGACCCUUCCUGACCCUGGCUUUCCCCAGCCCUGGGCCUGGCCCCACCCAUCCUGGAGCCAGAGCAGCUUGCCUCAGAGCUGCCUCUGGGGGAUCUGGGGGCUCAAGCCCCUGCCCUUCCCUCUUGAUUUCAGUGCCUUGCUCAGCCCUUGUGCGGGAACUUUCACCCGCUCCUCCCUUCAGUGUCUCACCAUCUUUAAAGCUGGGACAGUGUGAUGAUGCUGGGUGUCCCGGGGCCCAGGGCAGUGUGCAGGAUUUGCAGGGGAUGUAGAUCUUCCAGGCGGCACCCUUCCACCUCUAGCCCUAGCAUCUCCACCUCUAAGAGUCCUGGGUGACAGUUGACCUCAGUGUGUUUUGUCACUACUGUCGCAUGCCAACAGUUCUCAUGGCUUUCCCACGUGGCAUCAGCUUCCAUCCAUGUGAAAAGAAACACCCCUUCCCACCCAUCUGCCAUUGUGGCAUCCUCCCAGGGAGGCUGUGCCCCGGAAUGCACCAAGAGGCCAGCACUGUAGCAGUAAAGCCAGAAAUGACGAAGACCUGCCCAUCGCCUUGUGCUUAGGCUUUCCCUAAAGCUGCCCGGCUGUUUGCUGAGAACUCAAUUAAAACAUCUGUAUUUACCCUUCUCCAAUUAUAUUCCCUCUUGCUUAAGGACAAAGCAAAUUAAAUCAUUGUGCCGCCCCGGGCUCCAAACCAAAUUUUGGACGCAAAUUUAUUAGCAUCAUAAAGCUCAGGUUGAUUUAUGUGACAAUCUGGAGCCACCCACAGGAGUGGAGUCUGGUGGCUGUGUUCCCCUCCACCUCCAAGCCAGGACAGCCCCUGCCCUGGAUGAAAUUGGCCCAAGGUGACCACAUGACAGAUGCCGAGCUGGGCCCUUCCCCCUACCAGUGUCUGGUUUCUUUGCUCCUCUGACUCCACCUUCUGUCUGUGCUGCUAGAGGUCUCAUGAGGUCACCUUGUUCUACACCACCAGGCCUCUGCCACUGAUAGCCAGACAGGCUGCGGGGAAGAAAGACAGAACCCUAAGUAGCUAGAUACUAGGGUGAUGCUACGUACAUUAACCCUGGUCAGCUGUGAGUUUUUACAUCAGUUUGGUGAGGUGGGCAAGUUAGGUCAUGAUUUCCAUCUGCAGAGAGGCCUGGGGGUCCGUGGUAGGGAGGAAGCACAGGAUGCCAGCCCAGGCUGGUCCUGGGUACAGGUGUCACUGUGGAGGAGACAUUAAACUCAGCAGCCUCCAGCGAUGUCAUCCACCUGGACCAGUCCCCAAGGACAGGCAAGAUCAAAGUGGGAGUAACAUUCUUCUCGCACCCUGCCUAAGCACCAGGCCCACCUGAGCACUGGAGCCUGGUGCCAGCAGUCCUGGCUGUUCCUCACCUGAGGCCAAAGUGGCGGCCGAGGCCUGGAGAUGAGGCAGAUGGCUCUUGACAGCCUGGGAGGAACUGCUGAGUGUUGGAAGGUGUUUGUGGGCACACGGCCAGGCCUCAGGCCACACAGCUGUGCUCACCAUACAGGGCAGGAGCAGCCUCAGCAACAGGCUGAUGCCAGAGCUGCUCUGCCUCCCAGGAAAUCAGCCCACGGGAAGUGUCUGGCAGUGCCAGGCCCAGGGGGAGCAGAAGGCUGAGGCUUCAGCCUGUAACAGGAGCAGAGUCCCAAAGAGGGCUGACUCCUAUCAAGGGGCACAGAAAAACUGACUCUUAGAGACGAAGAUCCAGGCUGCAGAAGAGUCCUGCCAUCUCUCCUCUGCACAGCUGGCAGUGUCAACUGCACACUGAAGAAAGUAGCCUAUAAGGAGGGCACGCUAUGUGCCUGGCACAGACUGUGCAAACCUCCAGGGUCCCUUCCUCCUCUGUGAUGUUGGGGAGCUGGGGGACCUAUAUGGCUGAUUGUCAUGGGAAUUAAUGGAAUGAGCUUAGUGCCUGGCACAGAAGCACUCAAUAAAGCUAUUUAGUGAUGCUUA